AUCUUGUUUCUCUCCGCCCGCCGCCGCUUCGCUUUUCCUGUUGUGUCGGCUUUCUGGUGCAAAACCUACAAAACUUAUCUUACCUUUUAAAAGUUCUUAAGAAAAUGUCUGGUCCCGGUCGUAACGAUUGUAGAAUAUACGUUGGCAAUCUUCCCCCAGAUAUACGCACCAAGGACAUCCAGGAUCUCUUUUACAAAUUCGGAAAGGUAACUUUUGUCGAUCUGAAAAACCGACGCGGUCCGCCAUUUGCAUUUGUCGAAUUCGAGGAUCCAAGAGAUGCAGAUGAUGCUGUCCACGCUAGAGACGGCUACGAUUAUGACGGGUAUAGAUUACGAGUAGAGUUUCCUCGCGGAGGCGGCGGCCAUGGUGGUGGUGGUGGAGGCGGCUUUAGAGGAGGUCGAGGCGGCGAAAGAGGCAGAGGCUCUAGGGGACCACCGGCUAGAAGAUCACAGUUUAGGGUUCUUGUUACAGGCUUACCACCAUCUGGAUCAUGGCAAGACUUAAAAGACCACAUGAGAGAAGCAGGAGAUGUAUGUUUUGCGGAUUCCUUCAAAGAUGGCUCAGGUGUAGUGGAGUUUUUGAGAUAUGAGGACAUGAAAUAUGCCAUCAAGAAGUUAGACGAUUCAAGAUUUAGGUCACAUGAGGGAGAAGUUGCCUACAUCCGCGUGAAAGAAGACAAAGGUGGCAGUGAAAGGAGAUCCGGAGGUAGAUCGAGAAGCCGAUCUUUCUCACCCCGCAACAGGGGCUCGCCGACAUACAGCCCUGUGCAUAGAAGUUUCUCGAGGAGCCGUUCUCGUUCAUAAUUUCCAACCGUGGAUAUUAUGUACGUAUUGUGUUAUUCUAUUAGGCAUUUCCUUGAAGUAUUUUUUUAUGUGCAAAUAUUUCCGUUGAUUAUCGUGAUCUUAGAUUGUAGAAGUUGAUAUUGGCUAAUUGACACUAUGAAUGAUAAAAAUUUAUUUGUAUUCAUUCAUUGAAUGUUAGUUUCCAAUGAAAAUCACCUCCAGAGUAUGAUCCGAGCAGAAAUUUUUUAAUUUCUAAUUUAACUGAACCAAGAUUUACCAAUUGGCUGCAGUAGGACUGAAAAAACAUCUUCAUUGAAAUAUAUUUAGUUCACAAUGCUUUUAAUUGUGACAUUUGGAAUCAUGGCGUAAUAUUCGCCAUCUUAAGAAAACAGAUCUUUCCAUGUCAGACAUUACAUCUAGUAAUUCGAUCUUAUUCUUUGAAAGUACAGAAUUUCUUCUAUUCUAUCUGACUAUUAAUAUAUUUUGAUCGAAAUUUAACAGUAUUUCCGGUUUUAUAAGAUGACAGUAGUAUUUUUCCAAUUUUUUUGGAAAUGCGUAAAAUUUUGCACGAAUAAUUACUUGAAAUUGUUAGGUUAGGUACGAUACUCUUGGAAUUUGCCUAAAAAAUAGAAUAUAGCUUAAGAUAUUGGUAUUGCUAUUAAUGUUUUUUUUAUAUAAUUUCAUUUGUCCAUUUGCCGUUCUGUGUGUUGUACAUUCCGAAUUCUUUUUUUAAUUAAUCACAUGCAAAGAACCAAGGAAGUAAGUAAUAGUGAUUAUUUCUUAGAAGUGUUUUGAAACGUUUCCUUGUUUCUUGGCACUAAUGGAUUCUUCAAACUUAAAUUAAUUGAUUUUUUAAAUACUAUAAGACUCUAGGCACUAAUGUAUAAUUUUUUUUUCUGUCUAUGGUACCUUUGCUGAACCUGUGUAUCAGCGAUGGACGAUUUUGGAAAUAAAAAAGAUAAAACUGA